CCACGCGGCACCACCCUUUUUUUCCGCGCGCACACCUCGCACUCUUCCACAUUUCACCUUUCUCUCUCCAAAUGCCGCCGAAAUCUCCGGCCAGGCGCAACAAAGCGCGUCCGUCGCGGGGAGGACGAGCCAGUCUCGAUGGCAGAAGGGAGUCGUCAGGCAAGCGCCUAGGCGCGCCAGGCCCAGCACCGGAUCGCGCGAAGAAACGGUAUAAACCCGGCACCGUUGCACUGCGCGAAAUCAAGCGAUAUCAGAAAUCGACGGAUCUGCUGCUAUUGAAGCUUCCGUUCCAGCGUCUUGUCCGCGAAAUCGCACAAACCGUGACGAGCGAAGACGGCCCCAACCGCUGGCAAAGCCAGGCCAUCAUGGCGCUGCAAGAAGCCACCGAAGCCUUCCUCGUGAACCUCUUCCACGACGCCAAUCUGUGCGCCAUCCACGCCCGCCGCGUCACCAUACAGCAAAAAGACAUACAACUCGCGCGUCGCCUGCGCGCAGCGUGGGGCGCGCCCGUCUAAAGAGAACUCCAGCAAAAAAAUUAAAACAAAGGGCCUAUGGAAAACAAUGUUUAGCAGAUACCCCCUCCUCCUUCCUCCUUGUCCUUCCUCCUUGUCCUGUCUUCUUGCGCAUUCUGGAUUUUUGUAUUUCCCCCUGCG